ACGUAGUAUUUUAAUUCAUUUAUUUGGUAGAAGAAGGAAUCACCUCUCUCUCCGCUUUAUUACGGAGUUAACUCUAAUAAAUUCAGACCUUCACUUUCUCCUUCCCUCUCUUCCAGUCGAUUUUCCAUGGUUCUCCACCUUCUAUUUCUUACGUAUAUCUAAUUACCUACGACUUUUAUGCUUAUAAACAAAGAUAAGAUUAUUAUUCCGUGAAAUUGAUUUAGGGUUUUGAAUUUUGAUUCACAAACUUCCCAGGUGAUGUAUACAAAGGGUUAUUCGAUUGUAUUGCAAAAUCAAAGAUUUUGUUGUAGUUUGGUGAGAUUUGAUGAUGUUAAAAUUAAGUUUAGGUUUGCAGUUAGCUGUUAUCUUUCCCUUUUAUUUCUUUUGUUUCAUUUUCUUAAUUUGUGAAAAAAUUCCGUUAUAGCAAUGGAGGAAUUCGGAUUCUUCUGAAAUGGUCUUUUUUUCUAGGUUCGUUUAGUCGUAGCGGUGUUCUCUAGAUUUUUUACUCUAGGUUUUGGGACAGGCCAUUUUAAGAAAUGGCAGAUGUUCAGCAGCAGCAUCAACAGAAGCCUGAGAGCACAGGAGAAGAUGCACGUGCUGAAUUUGAGAGGGGGCUAGAGGAGUUGAUGCGUGGCCAUUUGGAUCAAUGCAUGUCAUUUGCAUCAUGCAGUUCAACCACUAGAACCACAGAGGAUGGGGACGAUGAGAGUGAGCAGCUUGUGAGGAGGAGGAGGAGAUCUGACUUAGAAGGAGACGAUCUAGCAGAGUCAUCCGCAGCCAGAAGGCGCCACUCUCGGAUUUUAAGCCGAUGGGCUGCCAGGCAAGCACAGGAGAUGAUCACAACAAUGGAAAGGCGGAAUCGUGAGUCAGAAUUGAUGGCACUUGCUGGUUUGCACACGGUUUCCAUGCUCGAUUCAUCAUUCUUAAGAGAAUCACAGUCUCCCACAGCAAGACACCGAGCUGAUGACGAGAGAAUAAGCAGCCAGGCAUCAAGCAUACUACGGAUGUGGCGGGAAUUGGAGGAUGAACAUGUGUUGGACCAUUCCCGAGAUAGGGUCAGGGGAAGAAGACUAACACAGCCAAGGAGUGUGAAUUCUUCGAAUACAACUGUCUCUAGUAUGAACAUGUCAGAAGGACGAGAGAGCCGUAUUAAUCAAGGCAGUUUGGGGGAUGCGAGUGAGAGUGAGAACGAUUAUGGAAAUUGGUCUCGUAAUGGUAUCAGACAGCAAAAUGAAAGUGUGGGGAUUGACAGUUCUAGCCGGGAACAAUCUCCUGAUAUAGGUGAUGUCGAGAGAGAGAGAGUGAGGCAAAUUGUUCGUGGCUGGAUGGAAAGUGGUAUUACUGACCCAUCAUCUAAUGUUGCCCAGAGGAGUGCUAGUGUUCCAAGAGGGGAAUGGCUUGGGGAGACUGAGCGUGAAAGAGUUAGGAUUGUGAGGGAGUGGGUACAAAUGACCAGUCAGCAGAGAGGUUCACGUAGUAGGGAAGAACAACAGAACGGAGUUAGUGCUCAAGUUGAUCGGGUUGUUCGUGAGGGGUCUGUUGUUGACCAUGAUGAAGGUCACCCUGAGAAUACUCGAAGGGACAUGUUGAGACUUCGGGGAAGACAGGCUCUAAUUGAUUUGCUUGUGAGGAUUGAAAGGGAAAGACAGAGGGAAUUACAAGGACUGCUGGAGCACCGUGCUGUUUCAGAUUUUGCUCACCGCAAUCGGAUUCAGUCAUUACUCAGAGGAAGGUUCCUGCGGAACGAAAGGCCUGCGGAGGAGGAGAGACAACCAUCACUUGCAGCAAGUGAACUAGUUCAGCUAAGGCAACGCCACACUGUUUCUGGAGUAAGGGAUGGAUUCCGCUCCAGAAUAGAAAACUUAGUCCAUGGUCAAGAGGUUCAAAGUGAACAACCACAGUUUAGAGACCGUGAAGACUACACUCAUCAUCAGCUACAUGAACCCAGAGAAAGUUUUGAUGUUAGGCCAGCUGACCGAAGUCCAAGUCAAGUUGCUGAAUUAGAGGGAGGAAGUCAAGGGGAUUCAAAUUAUUAUGAAUCUGACAAUGUGUGGGCUAGUGGGGCUGCUGAAAACACUACUAGAAACUGGCAGGGAGAUUCGGUUACUCGUCCCUAUGAAACUGAAGGGGAUGCAAUUAGAGAUGAACAAACCAUGCUUGAAAACAGAGAAGUUUGGCGCGAGGAUGGCUCACGGAUAUCAAUGGACAAUUGGUCGGUGGGAACUUCUGAUCCUCCAAGAAUUUGGCGCUCUGUUCCAUUUAGGAGAUAUAAUAGAUUCCACCCCCCUGAGGAUGAUAAUGUGUACAGUAUGGAACUCCGAGAGCUUCUAAGCAGGAGGAGUGUUUCAAAUCUUCUCCGAAGUGGAUUCCGAGAGAGUUUGGAUCAAUUAAUUCAAUCUUAUGUAGAGAGACAAAGUCAUGCACCCAUUGAAUGGGAUCUGCAUAGGAACUUGCCUAUCCCCCCUUCUUCAGACAGGGAUGAGGACCAACAACAGCAUGAUGAUGUGCAUAAUAUUGUAGAUCAAAAUGAUGGUAUUGUUAGACCUUCACUUGUACUACCAUCUCCUCCCGUGCCUCCGCCACAACCGCUUUGGCAGGAUUUGCAUCCCCCUGGCUGGUCUCGGCAUACUGUCCAUCGCUCUGAACUUGAGUGGGAGACCAUAAAUGACCUGAGAGCAGACAUGUCAAAAUUACAGCAAGGUAUGAACCACAUGCAAAGGAUGUUGGAAGCCUGCAUGGAUAUGCAACUUGAGUUGCAGCGUUCUGUCCGCCAAGAAGUUUCUGCAGCAUUGAAUCGUUCAGCUGGAAGCUCAGGGGCUGCAGAGAGCUCGGUAGAUGGGUCAAAGUGGGGACAUGUGAGAAAGGGAACCUGCUGUGUUUGCUGUGAUAGCCAAAUCGAUUCCCUCCUCUACAGAUGCGGGCACAUGUGUACUUGCUCAAAAUGUGCAAAUGAAUUGGUGCGGACCGGGGGGAAGUGUCCGUUGUGUCGUGCACCCAUUGUUGAGGUGAUCCGAGCUUACUCUAUACUCUAGAGAGUUAUGACUGAAAAAAAUCACAAGAUAUAUACAUGUAUAAUUUACCAAAUUGAUCAUAAGAAUAGUAAGAGACUUUAGGGGGAGUGAGGAUGGGGUCAGUGUUAUCCNAAAUAGACGCAGGGCGGAAUUGUGAUUGGUCAUGUGAUUUGCAGAUGCGGGCACAUGUGUACUUGCUCAAAAUGUGCAAAUGAAUUGGUGCGGACCGGGGGGAAGUGUCCGUUGUGUCGUGCACCCAUUGUUGAGGUGAUCCGAGCUUACUCUAUACUCUAGAGAGUUAUGACUGAAAAAAAUCACAAGAUAUAUACAUGUAUAAUUUACCAAAUUGAUCAUAAGAAUAGUAAGAGACUUUAGGGGGAGUGAGGAUGGGGUCAGUGUUAUCCCACUGCUCCUUAGAAUGUAGGACUAUUUUCUCCCCCAAUAUGCUCUUCUGACCAUUUGCAGAACGCUUUGCAGUUGUAAAGUUAGAUAAACAAACGGCUCCUUUUUUCUUCGUGUAUAAUUUGUUCGUAAAUAAAAAAAGAUCAAUUCU